GACGAUGACGAUGAAGACGAUGACGAUGAUGAUGAUGAUGAUGAUGAUGGCGAUGAAGAUGAUGACGACGAUGAUGACGAUAAUGACGAUGACCAUGACGAUGAUGAUGAAGAUGGCGUCUGACCACGACCAGAGGUCUGAGCAGGUCAGCACCCUAACUUGAGAAGAAGCUACGAAGUGACAGCAACAGAAGAACGUGAACGUCCGUGUUGUUCUCAGCUCCACGGUCGCAGGACGUGAGCGUGGAGGAAACAAGUCGGCAGAAAUAGAACUAAAAUAAACUUUGCGUCGCAGAAUGUGGUGGAACAUCCAUCCGUGACCGCUGGUCUGAAGUGUCUGACGAGAGCUCGUUUCCAUUUCAGCGCGUUGAGCGUGACGACUGUGGCGAAGUCCAAACAUCGGAUUCGACCGCUCGAGUCUGAGGAGACGAGGAGACGUUAGGAGUCAGACUCAUAAACACAUCAAUCAUCUCUUCAGGGGCUCCAGACCUGGUUUUGGCCUCGGGGGCCUCGGUGGUGUUGAUCUGAUCAUGAGUCAGAAUGAUCAGAUCUACUUAUGCAACAUUAAUGAAUCUGUUGUUCUCCGUUCAGUCGUUGAACCUCCGUGUCAAAUCCACUCCAGCUCACAUUAGCAUCCCGCUAACACCAGUCAAUAGCUCCAGUGCGGCGCUGGUGCUAAUCACAUUAUGCUAAUGUGGAGAGGGGGCGGCGGCGGGCGGCCUGCGCUCAUCAGCACCAGCUGUGUGAGCGUCCUGCUAACAGGCCUGUAGCUGCUCAGUGGGACGCUGAUUAGCACGAUGCUAAUGAGCAUCUGAAGAGCUCGAUAGCUCUGGAGCGGCCGGGAGAGUUCACGUUAAAGCAUGAAACACCGAGUCAUCAACAUUUUCACUGAACGAGCCUGAAACAGCAGUUCGUCUCUGAGCUGUGAUGUCAUCACUCUGUAGGUCUCGUGUCUCCUCGUCGCUGGACGAUGGACGAUACAAAGGGGGAAGUCAGAUCAUUCCCCCGUGGUCUUUACAGUUGUUCCUUUCUCUAGAACAAAUUCAAAUUGAUCUUAAAAUCAUCUGGAUAGAAAAAAUUUAACAUCUGAGACGAACUGAACACAUCAUGAAGAACUUUUAGACGUUUGUUUCACGUUGUCGUCGGAGGGAGUCAGAUGUUUGAGGAACGUUUGAUGAAAACCACGUGUGAGACGUCUUCAGUUGGAAGCAGACAGGAAGUGAUGGCAGUCUGUGUCUAUAAAUAUCAGGACGAGCAGAAAAGGGAAGUAAAGGAGUGAGUCGUCCGUCUGUCUUCCGUCUGUCGUCCGUCUGUCGCCCGUCUGUCGCCCGUCUGUCGUCCGUCUGCAGGACACACGACAACAUGCCCUUGCCUCUUCUCCGCACCAUCACCUGCGUCUUGGUCCUCUCAGUGCUGGCGUGUGUGUUGGCGAUUACCAUGGAGACCGUGGUGGGCGUGGCUGGCCGGAGGGUGAAGCUGCCGUGUCGGUCGGAGGCGGUGAAGCAGGACGGCGUGGAGGUGUGCUGGGGGAGGGGCGAGCCGUCGCUCUUCACCUGCCACAACACGCUGAUCAACACGGCCGGAGGACAGACGUCCUACAGGAGGUCGCACAGGUACUCUGUGUCCUCCUCCUCCUCUCUGUCCAUCCUUCCCUCUCGUCCGUCCGACUCUGGUUUAUAUCACUGCAGAGUUCAGCUGUCCGGCCUGUUCAACGACCAAACCUCCACCGUCCACCUCAUCGUCAUCAGCCCUCCCUCUGUGGUCCCUGACAACGAGGACCUGAACGCACCACGCACUGCGACCAGUCAGAAAGGUUCCACUACGACAGAGGAGAGAGGAAGUGAUGUCACCAAUACCACAGAGCCAAUGGUGGCGCUGGUUCAGUCGCCUGUCGAGCAGCAGCAGGUGAACCGUCUACAGACAUUCAUCGGAAACACACUGAGACUGUCCUUCAUCAUCUUCAUCCCUACACUGCUGCUGACUGCUGCCUACAGAGUGUGGAGGUUGAACCGGAGACCAGAGAGUGACGGGAGGCUCAGCCAAUCAGAGGAGGAGGAGGGAUACACCUCUGUGUGACUUUGAGUCUGUACAACUAAAUAAACUGUGACUUUUAUACAGAUGUUCAGGUUCAGGGGCCCCUGACUCUUUGUGGUCAGUUGCUCCUGAGCGUUUAGUUUAGACGUCUGACCAGCAGAGGGAGACACAUACCAGAGUGCUGCUGUUACAUGUCUGUCUGCCUGUCUGUCUGUCUCUCUGUCUGUCUCUCUGCCUGUCUGUCUGUCUCUCUCUCUGUCUGUCUCUCUGUCUGUCUCUCUGCCUGUCUGUCUGUCUCUCUCUCUGUCUGUCUGUCU